AUGAGGCUGGCCAUAGUUUACCUCCUUUUCUCUUUUUGCGCGAGUAUCGCUGCCACGGGUAUUCGUGGCUCUGCUGAACGUAUCUACAUGCAAGAGGAAAUCUUCGACGACCCCGGAAAGGACGGCGGGAUCGCCACGGGCUGCGUCGGCUCACGGACAGGGCUCCGAGGGCAACCCAACCGGUGCACUCUGCGUGAGCUCUGCGAGUACAUCUGGGCGCCGACAAACCAGCACAACACGAAACCCGACCCGGCCAAAAUGAGCUGGCCGUCGUGGAGCGCAGCCGCUGCGGACGACAUUUGGAGUAAAGGCGAAAGAACUGUAGCGGAGGCGAUGGCCUUGGUUGUGGAAGGCGUCGAUGAGAAGAACCGCAAGGGGAAGAAGAAGGGCGUGUACUAUAAUGGGUAUUGGGAUGCUUCCAAGGUGCUUCCCGGGUUUAGCACCACGGCGAGCGAGUACUACCGUGCGGCGCGGGAGCUGGGCGACUGGCAGGUGGCCGCCAGGAGGGCGAUUGAGGCGCAGCUUGGAGGAAAUGGCCUCAAUCCCGAUCAGAAGAGGCUAUUCAAGAACUGGAAUAUGGAGGGCGAGCGGGCCGUGAAGCUGGUGGUGGGCUUGCGGCGGAAGGACCUCAAUGAGUUUGUGAUCAAGCAGAUGAGGCGGCCGCUAUACUUCGGUCGACAAAUUGCGAGGACGCCCAUGACAGACUACGAGGAGUUCGCCAAAAUGCAGGGGGCGAUGCAGCCUGAUAGGGGAGGCACGAUCGUCAUGUACGAGCAGGGCUACCCCGGUGGCCGGGCGCAGUUGAUCGCGGACUACGAUGCGGCCAUCAGCCUAAUGCGCCAGACGCAGGACAACCGGUUGCAUCGGAGGGCUAUCACGAGUUGGGCGCAUUCGAGCAAUCGGAUCAAGAACUGCAAGCCUUUUUUUUUGCUUACGUUGCUGAUCGCAACCGAUCGUCCAAAGGAUGUAUUGCCCCUCCAGGCGCUUCUCUUCCAACCAUCUGUCCUCUUGCAUCUAACCACAAUGCAUCCCACCGGAGCCCCUGUUCUGCCCACUAAAGUCCUUCUUCGCAUCGCAGUUCAUCUCAAGCCUCUGGAUCAGAUCUCCCUGCUACAAGUAUUUCCCACAAUCGCUGGUCUUUUCAACCUCCAACAGUUUGCCAGCACAGACGAGAAUGGCAACACCAUUCUCCACCUCCAGGCUCGAGCGAGCACCACUGCUGGGGACUUAACACAUCCUGGUGCCAGCACUCCAUAUUUUCCAACCAUUCUAGAUUGCAGCCAAGGUGACAUCCUCCAUCCCCAGAAUCGAGAUGGCCAAACUCCCUUGAUGGAGGCGGCGUUUGCGGGCAAUAUUCCAUUCAUGCAGCGACUGUUGGAGAAGGAUCCUGAAGGACUCAACAUGGUUGAUGGUGUUGGAGCAACAGCAUUGUGGUAUGCUGUCUAUGGGAAAAACGUCCCGGCGACUGCGCUGCUGCUUGAACAGCCAUCCGUCGAUGUCAACCACCAACUGACAGAAGGCGAAGGCCGAGAUGCCUACCAAGUCACACCGUUCAUGCACGCUCUUUGGCACGGCUGGGGGAGAUACGAUAUCAUCUCUUUGUUUAUCAAGCACCCAGCAACUGACCUGACAUUUCUGGACUCGACUGGCCAGACUGCCAUUCACCUGGCUAUACAGGAAGAGCGAGAGGACAUAGUACGCGAUUUGCUCGAGUGCGGUCGCCUCGAUGUCAAUGCUGCCUGGGGUAAUGGCUGGACUCCCUUACACAGCGCCGCCGCAGGCUAUAAGGACACCAAAUUCGUCAAGCUCCUACUCGCACAGGAUGGCAUCGAUGUCAACCGGGCCACAGUCACCGGGGAAACUCCCCUGAUGACAACCAAAUCCCCUCAUUGCAUGGAAGUCCUGCUUGCUCAUCCUGGAAUCGAGAUUGACCGUGUAGAUGACUUUGGUUGGACUGCGCUGGGCUAUACCGCAUAUCGCGGUGGCCGCGGGGCACUGGAAUGUGCACAUGUCCUUCUACAGCAUGGAGCGCGCCCUGAUCUCGUGGACCUGGACGGCUACACCCCGAGAGAUAGAGCAGAGCAGGCCAAGCACUGGGAGAUGGUGAAGCUAUUGGAGGAUGCCCUCGGCCAGAAGUGA